CAUGGAAUUGUAGUUGGUUCUACUUUGCAAUGUCUCUAUCUAUAAAGCAAAGUGAGGACAGAAAAAACGGAGGAGAAAAUGAGCGACUUCUGCAAGCCAACAACAGAAAACUCACCACUUACUUUGGCUAUCCAAACAAUACCAUCAAAACCUCAAAGUAUAAUGCCUUAAACUUCUUGCCCACGAACCUGUUUGAACAGUUCCAGAGACUUGCAAAUGCCUAUUUCCUGAUUUUGGUAUUCCUACAGUUGAUUCCCCAGAUUUCCUCCUUGGCAAGUUACACAACUGUGAUACCCCUAACAGUGGUGCUGUCCAUAACAGCCAUGAAAGAUGCCAUCGAUGACAUGAAAAGGCACCAAAGUGACAGUCAAGUUAACAACCGUCCUGUUCUGCUUCUGGUGAAUGGCAGGAUGGAGGAGGACAAAUGGAUGAAUGUCCAAGUAGGAGAUAUAAUCAAACUAAAAAAUAAUCAGCCUGUUACAGCAGAUAUACUAUUGCUCUCUAGCAGUGAGCCAUACAGUCUGGCAUACAUAGAAACAGCAGAACUGGAUGGUGAAACCAACCUGAAAGUGAAGCAGGCCAUCUCAGUUACCAGUGAUUUGGAAGAUAAUCUGGAGCUGCUGUCUGCUUUUGAUGGAGAAGUAAAGUGUGAUCCUCCCAAUAACAAGUUGGACAAAUUCACAGGCAUCCUGACCUAUAAAGGGCAAAAGUAUUUACUGGACCAUGACAAGCUGCUGCUCCGAGGCUGCAUCAUCAGGAAUACAGAUUGGUGCUAUGGCUUAGUGAUUUAUACUGGACCAGACACAAAAUUAAUGAAGAACAGUGGAAAGUCCAUCUUUAAACGGACACAAAUGGACCGUCUUGUGAAUGUCCUUGUGCUCUGGAUUUUCCUGCUUUUAGGCAUCAUGUGUUUUAUCAUAGCAGUUGGUCAUGGCAUUUGGCAGAGCAAGAUAGGCUACUACUUCCAGAUUUUUCUGCCAUGGGAAAAUUAUGUCUCUUCAUCAGUCAUAUCUGCCACACUCAUUUACUGGUCCUACUUCAUUGUUCUCAACACCAUGGUGCCCAUUUCCAUCUACAUCAAUGUUGAAAUAAUAAGACUGGGGAAUAGUUUCUAUAUCAACUGGGAUCGGAAGAUGUUUUAUGCACCAAAGAACACCCCUGCACAGGCUCGUACUACCACCCUUAACGAGGAGCUUGGCCAGGUCAAAUAUGUGUUCUCUGACAAAACAGGGACCCUGACUCGGAACAUCAUGGUCUUCAAUAAGUGUUCUAUCUAUGGAAAGCUCUAUGGUAUGCAUGUUUCACCGUCUUGUGGUUCCUAUGACACGGGUGGAUCUAAGGUGCCAGACUCUAAGAAAGAAAAAGUUGACUUCUCCUACAACAAACUGGCCAAUCCUAAUUUUUCAUUUUAUUACAGUACUUUGGUGGAAGCAGUGAAAAAUGGAGAUAACUGGGUACACUUGUUUUUUCUUUCCCUCUCAUUGUGUCACACUGUGAUGUCAGAAGAGAAAGUAGAAGGUGAGCUGGUGUACCAAGCUCAGUCCCCAGAUGAAGGUGCCCUUGUCACUGCUGCCAGAAACUUUGGAUUUGUAUUUCAUUCCCGCACGUCUGAGACAAUCACAGUGGUUGAAAUGGGGGUAACCAGAGUCUACCAGCUGCUGGCUAUUUUAGACUUCAACAGUGUACGCAAGAGGAUGUCUGUUAUUGUGCGGACACCUGAAGAUCGGUUAAUGCUUUUCUGCAAGGGAGCAGACACAAUCAUCUGUGAGCUGCUUCAUUCAUCCUGUACAGAUCUUAACAAUGUGACCAUGGAACAUUUAGAUGAUUUUGCCACCAAAGGCCUUUGCACCCUCAUGGUGGCCUACCGAGAGUUGGAUACCACAUUCUUCCAGACCUGGAGCCACAAGCACAGUUCAGCUUGCCUGUCUUUGGAGGAUCGAGAAAAUAAAUUAUCAGUUAUCUAUGAAAAGAUAGAAAAAGACUUGAUGCUGUUAGGGGCCACAGCCAUAGAAGACAAGCUGCAAGAUGCAGUACCUGAGACAAUCAUCACCCUGAACAAAGCCAAAAUUAAGAUACGGGUUUUAACUGGAGAUAAGCAAGAGACUGCUGUGAACAUUGCCUACUCUUGUAGUAUAUUAGAUGAUGAAAUGGAUGGGGUGUUCGUGGUGCAAGGCAAGAAUUAUGAGACAGUUUAUCAAGAAGUCAGGACAGCAAGGGCCAAGAUGAAACCUGAGUCUCUACUGGAAUCAGACCCAACAAACAUUCAUCUCUCCACAAAACCCAAAAUGCCCUUCACAGUACCUGACAAGGAGCCCAAUGGCAACUAUGGCUUGGUCAUCAAUGGCUACAGUCUGGCCUGUGCUCUAGAAGAGAACCUGGAGUUGGAACUGCUGUGAACAGCAUGCAUGUGCAAGGGUGUGAUCUGCUGCCGGAUGACACCCCUUCAGAAGGCCCAGGUGGUAGAGCUGGUGAAGAGGUACAAGAAGGUGGUGACAUUGGCCAUCGGGGAUGGGGCCAAUGAUGUCAGCAUGAUCAAAGCUGCCCACAUUGGAGUCGGCAUCAGUGGCCUUGAGGGGAUGCAGGCCAUGCUCAACAGUGACUUUUCCUUCUCCCAGUUCCACUACCUUCAGCGUCUUCUCUUGGUCCAUGGCCGCUGGUCUUAUAAUCGCAUGUGCAAGUUUCUCAGCUACUUCUUUUAUAAAAACUUUGCCUUCACCCUGGUGCACUUCUGGUAUGCCUUCUACAAUGGGUUCUCUGCACAGAAAGUUUAUGACAGCUGGUUUAUCACCUGCUACAAUCUGAUCUACGCCUCCCUUCCUGUCCUAGGCUUGAGUCUGUUUGAUCAGGAUGUGAAUGAAAUGUGGAGCCUGUGUUUCCCAGAGCUAUAUGAAGCAGGCCAGCACAACCUCUUUUUCAAUAAGAAGAAAUUUAUGAAUUGUUUAAUACAUGGGAUCUACAGUUCCUUUGUGCUGUUCUUUGUUCCCAUGGGGACCAUUCACAACUCAGAGCGCAGUGAUGGGAAGGAUAUCUCUGACUUCCAGACCUUUUCCUUGAUAGUACAGACCUCCUUGAUGUUUGUGGUCACAACCCAGAUUGCCCUGAAGACAACCUACUGGACACUGAUGAGCCACCUUUUCAUCUGGGGUAGCCUGGGUUUCUACUUUUGCAUGUUAUUCCUCCUGUACAGUGAUGGCUUGUGUCUAAUGUUCCCCAACAUCUUCCAAUUCCUAGGUGUGGCCAGGAACUCACUGAACCAGCCACAACUGUGGCUGAGCAUUAUCCUCAGCACGGUCCUCUGUAUAAUUCCUGCAAUUGGGUACAUAUUUCUCAAACCACUAUUCUACCCUGUCAGUGUGGACAAGGUUUUUGACAGAAUUCAUCAUUGCAUGAAAUAUCCACUGCCACCCCCAAUCCAGACCAGAUUGAAACACUCAAGCCUUCGACGUUCUGCAUAUGCUUUCUCCCACCAACAGGGCUUUGGGGACCUCAUCACUUCUGGCAAGACAAUGAAGAUCGUGCCAAAGAAGAAAAACAGCUCUUCUUUAAAAAACUAGAGACCCUUUGGGAAACUCAAAAAGAGUCAGUCAUUGCUUUCCUUCCUUUGUAUUCAUGCAGUUUAGUAAGAAGGAAUUAGAAAUCAGUAUACACCUGCUCCUCUACUGUCACUACAGGUCUUCAGCCUCUUCUUUCUCCAGAAGGCUGUGCCCUCACAAAGCAAGGAACGAGUUUAGGAAAUAGCCCCCAGAUAUCUGCCAGAGUUGCAGAACUUCAAGAAAAAGUAACAUCAUGCCACCUUUUCACCAUCACUUUCAAGUUUUAAUCCAGACAAGUAAAUGUAGAAGUAUGGAGUGAAGAGGGACAGUGUGAGAAAGGAAAAAAGAUAUGAUGCAAGAAUCUUUCUCCUAGACCCACAGCAGCCAUAAACAUGCCCAGGGCCCACAGGAACAUAUUUCCUUCCAGCCACCCUGCCAAUUUAUCUGGGAGUUUCUGGUGAGUAAUUUGUGAGUCUUGGUAGCAAAAGAAGGAGGCAACUGUGAAGAGUUGGUCUUAAGAAGAUAAAGGAGUUUCUGGAUCAAAAAAAAAAGCAAUGGAGGCAGUUCCUGCCUGGAUAGGACAGCUCAAGGUUUUGCCUUCUUCCCCUCACAUUGACCAACCCCCAACCCCAAAACUGGUUCCUAUUCAGGCUUCAGAACUGGAAGGGAGAUAAUGCAGGAGAUUUUU